AUGGAGGGCUACGCGGCCUUCUCGACCCCUUAUGAGCUCAUCCGUACCCACCUUUACGAUGUCGAUCGGGGGGAAACGCUGCGGAGCGCGCGGGCGGCCUUGGCGCGGCGGCAGUGGCAUACCCUGAGGCUGUGCGCCUCUAAACGCCGGCGCCUCGCGGAGGUGGAGCGGGAGGCGUGCGGCCAACCACCAAUCCCUUUGGGGCCGUCGCAUACAUGGUGUGCGGGGGAGGAGGGAUCCCUGAGGGGCCCGCCACGCAGGGGUUUCUUCACCGGCCUCCUCCUGUCGGCGUGGGCGUCCAUUCGAGGCGUCAGGGACGACGGCACCCGCUCCGCCGCGGCCUCACGCGUCCGACGCCAUCCGCGGAUCACCGAAGAAGCCGGCGACUUACGUGGGCUCAUCGCCGGUUUCCACCAGCACUCGCUAUUCCUUUUUCUCCGUGCGGCGGCGGUGGACGGCAUCCUGCAGGCGACAGAGCACGGCCAAACGGCAUCGGGGCGGUUCUGGGCAUUCAGUGGCGUCGUCUUGGGGUUGUACGCCGCGACCAAGCUCAGUUUGACGGUGAUCCGCGUAGGCUGCGCGACGCUCUCAACGCAGGACCCGCUUACGCAGGUGGUGGAUCUCCUGCGGUGGCUCCACAUCCCAUCGCCGCCACCCCUUUUCGACGUCGGAGUCCGUGAGGGUGGGGCCGUCUCCCCAUUGGGAGUUGAAGGGUUCUUUCACACGCGAACCCUCCAACUCUUCGCAGUGCUCGUGAAUGGGUGGAUGAUUCUCUCGUCGGUGCGUGGGCUGCUACUCAUUGUGUUUCGUCUAACGAUGACGUUCCGCUCCGUUACGGCAGAUACCACGGCGGUGGUGUUUGCUGGGCUGAUCGGGGUGUACUUCCUCGGGCAGCUCGUUCUUUUGUUGCCGUUGCCGCCCCCAGAAACCUCUUUGUCUGUAACCGGGGAUGCUGUGAGCGCCCUUACCGACGGUGGCGUGGGGUUGGCGCUCGCCCUGGAGCCCUUCCCGAUGGACUUUUACCAGCGACUGAACGAUUGGUGCUUCGUGUUAAGCUUCAUGGUGACGCUUUUUGUGCAGCGCUAUGUGCUUGGGGAUCCAGCCGCCACCACCGUCUCCGUAGCCCAUGGUUGA